CCACUGCAACAGCCUCGUUCACGGAGAGCCUACCUUCUCUCAAGCGGCACGACACAUUGCGACACAAUACGGCAACAUUUCACCGCUGGUUUCCAAGGUAACACCAUUGAGUCGACAGGCGACUCUCGGCAGCGACUGGCUGCUCGCGGACCGUAAAGUGGAGCGGCGCUCUUUGCUGUCGUGAGUAGGCGGCUCGCGGUAAACAAGGAUAAUUUAGGGAAGAGGUUUCCGGCGCCUCGUAGUUUGUACCUAUUUAUUCGGUUAACAUAUAUAUAAAAAAACGGUCUAAAUGGCUGAAAAGUUUGAUAACCUCGAGGAGCAUCUGGAGAAAUUCAUCGAGAACAUCCGGCAGCUGGGAAUCAUCGUCAGCGACUUCCAGCCGAGCAGCCAGGCGGUCCUUAACCAGAAACUGAACUUCAUGAUAUCUGGGCUACAAGACAUCGACAAGUGCCAGAAGCAGCUUCACGACAUCAACGUCCCCCUGGAGGUGUUUGAAUACAUCGACCAAGGCCGAAACCCUCAGCUGUACACCAAGGAAUGUCUGGAGAGGGCCUUGGCCAGGAACGAGCAGGUCAAAGGGAAGAUAGACACCAUGACGAAAUUCAAGAGCCUCUUGAUUUCCGAGCUCAGCAAAGUUUUCCCAGAGGAAAUGGCCAAGUACAAAGAGAAGCGUGGAGAAGAUGGGCCUUCCUAGUGCCUGCAGCACAGAAGCCCCCCGGACCAUCAACCUGUGACCCCCCCUCCUGUAUGAAUGGAGCUGAGGCAGGCUGCCAGAGGCGUGUGAUAACUGCUUAUUAAUGCUCCUAAAUAUUGUGCGGCUGUUGCUGAUGGAUGUCCUGAUGGUGAAGGUAGCAUGCUGGAGCAGCCCCUUUAUCUGUGCCAGUCAAAAAUCGUUCUUAUUGCAGAAACAUUACUUUUCUUAAUGCCCUGGGUUUGUUGUAAGGGUGUGUGAGUUUUCCCUCAUUCAGCUCUGAGUUCUGCAGCAAGAAAUGUUUCAAGGCUCAUUAUUAUUAUUAUUAUUAGGAAAUAGUCAGGUGCACAACUGUAUAUUUAUGGCUGUAUUUUUUUAUAAUGCUUCCUUAUCUUUGCGCAAAAUCAUAGGAUUUUGUAUCAAGAUCAGGUUUCCCACGGCCGUCGGUGACCGAAGGGAAAUAUUUUACGACGACAAUUUUGUGCCUCAAGAGUACGAUCUUUUUUUUUGUUUUGUUUAUAUUGUAAUGUUUGUUAAUAAAUCUGUUUUUCUAUGACAAAA